AUGUUGCCUUUGGGAACGUCAAACCUCACAACCCUUACACACAAGCACGCCUUCUGCUGGUACAACAGCCGCAUCGAAUUGCGUUUGGCCUUGAUUUGCUUGUCCAACAAGCCCCCGAUGUCUUGCAGCUCGUACCUGAUUAGCCUGUGUGAGCUAGUCGGUGAGACGCGACGCGCGGCAACCUCUUUUGCUGUUUGUUCUUGGCUCGCAUGUCUAGGCAAAACGGGUAGGCAAUGCAAUGAACAGAGAGGCAAACUUUUUGGCCCUCUAGGGGUAUCUUCUCCACGUGUGAAGGAUGUGUACCUGAUCGUAGGCAAGGUGUACAGUUCUAGACAGGCUUGGACUGACUUUUGCCGUUAA